AUGCUCUUGAGCUCCACAGAAAAGAGGAUUGUGAUGGUGGGGAAGACUGGAGCUGGAAAGAGCGCCACAGGAAACACCAUUCUGGGGAGAAAUGUCUUUAAAUCUGAGUUCUCCCCUGAAUCUUUGACUACAUUCUGUGAAAAGGCUUAUGGCAAGGUGAAUGGACGAAAAGUUGCUGUUAUCGACACUCCGGGUCUGUUUGACACCAGGAACGCUGAAGAGGAAACAGCUGAUGAUAUUGCCCGGAGCAUUUCUUAUGCUUCACCUGGACCUCAUAUCUUCUUAAUCGUCAUCAAACUGGGCAACUACACAGACGAAGGGAAGCAGACGGUGCAGAAGAUUCAGAAAAUCUUUGGUGAGGAAGCCAACAAAUACAGCAUGGUUCUCUUUACCCAUGGUGACCUGCUCAAAGGGAAAACUAUUCAGGACCUCUUGAAGGACAGCAAAGAUAUGAGGGAACUUGUGGCCAAAUGUAACGGCCAGUACCACGUUUUCAAUAAUGAGGUGAAGGAUCGUUCUCAGGUCAGAGAGCUGCUUGAGAAGAUAAGAAAUAUAAAUGUGCAGAAUGGAGGAAGCUACUACACCACCGAAAUGUUCCAAAAUGCAGCAAGAGCGAUAGAAGAGGAGAAACAACGAGUCCUGAAAGAGAAAGAAGAGGAGAAA